GUACAAUCCUACUGAAUUGAAAGUUUUAUUUGUAUUUAUAAAAAUAAAUUAAUUUUCAAUGGCUUAUUUCCAUUUACAACAAUUGAAAUCAACUAAUGGAAUUUAUUUAAAUUUCUUACAAUUAUUUAUAUAUUUAACCAUAUUUUGUUUAUGUCAAACAAUGGAUCCAGUUCAUUCAUUAAGAAGUUAUCCAACUGUAGAUGAUAUUACUAAUACAGAUGAUAUAUGGUUAUUAAAAAAUGAUCAAAAUAAAAAGAAAACUAUGGAUCGAAUUCGUGAAUUCAAUCGAUAUUUGAAUAGUAUGUUUCUACGUCAACAGUUUUAUCCUGAAGAAAACGAAGAACCAUUUGAUGGUCGAAAACUCUCCACUCUAUCCAAUCAAAAUAAACGAGAUUAUUUAUUUUUACGUGGCUAAUUCCAUUUGUUGGGCAACAUUUUAAUUAAAAUAGAAAAAAAAUAUGAUAAAGUUCCUCAGAAAGAAAACAAAAAAUAAAAACAAAAAACAAACGAUUAAUGUAUUUUAGAAAUAAAUAACUAAAUCAAUUUUACUUGUUAUUAGUUUAUUGAGUAAACUAUAGAUUUGUCGAUGAUGCAUUC